CUAGCCUCCUCUUUUAGAGCCUGUUCGCGCGAUAAAGGUAAAUUAGUGUAUUGCCUACUCGUGUCUAGUGUCUGAGUAUCGUCCCAUCGAGACCAACUCAUAAAACGUGGAACGACUGGGUCUGGUUCCGUGAAAUCUCGACGCUUCCACAUCAUACCAAGCCUACGCCCUCCUCCCCCAUUUUGUCUGGCGCGAAACACGUACUUCCCAUUCCUCCUCCCUCUGCUCCUCUCCUCUCUCUCUCCUUUCUAUUCUCUCGCAAUUCUCAUUCUGCUCUCCCUCGUGCUCGCGUUUCUUUGUUCCUCGACUCCAUGCCUAGAGACUGUCCACCCGCCCUUUGAGCCGCUCUAGUCCAGUUGCCGAUCCCAGGUAGAACGGGCCCUUUGAUCCUCAACCUCGUCUUGCGCCCGCUCCUCCUUGAGACAGUGCCAUUGCCAGUCCCCCUUCGAUCGGCUGGACAAGGCAAUCCCCGUCGCAUGCAGGCGACCAGCAGAAGGCAAGACAGAGAUUGAAAGCGCACCACCGAAACACACCCCAUAGUCAGCCAAGCCAAAGCAGCCAACGGCCAACAGCCAACACGUUUUGCCCCCCACCCAAAGUCCGUCGCACAUAAUAGCCCCAUGUCUGCCUCAACCGCCACCGCCUCCGCCUCGCUCUCCGACUGUCCGCGCCCAGGGCGACUCCGUCGCUUCAGCCAGCUUCGUGCCUAUACACAAAACCUAUCUCACUCUUCUCCCGGUGGGCAUCGGUCGCGUAACAGUCUGAGUAGUCGAGUGCCUUGGCUAUCCCCAUCCUCGUCGGGUCCGGAGUCUCCAACGCAACAGGUGGGGAACUCCACUGCUCCAGGCCCCGAAAGUGACCACCCAGCCCUGUCUCGCUACACUUCUGCACCCACUGCGGGCUCCCACGGUCUCGGCGUCGACACACAAACGUCAUCGGCCGAGUCUUCUAGGUCAACUCCUCCAGGCGAGUCAGCUCAACCUCCCCCCAAUGUCAUGGCGCGAUUAAGGAGUGCUUCGGCCGUGCAAGGUCGCCCGCCUCGUACGAUCGCGCUCGCAAGAACCACCGCCCCGGAGGCUCCCCCCUCUCCCCCAGAACCGACCUCUGCGGCCACCGAUGCACCCGACUCGACGGGCGCGAUUCCAGCGGACACUGCCCAGGUCACCGCCGUGACCUCGAAGAAGGCAACCAUUCGAUUUUUCCCGUACCAGGACACUUUCCAGAGCUCGAGACCGUCCCUCCCGUUCGUCCCCAUUGCACGCACGUUGCCCUCUGAGAGCUCCGUCAUUCGAGUUGGUCGGUACUCUGAACGAGAUGGCAUCCCAAUCCCCAACCCCACCGAGCCCUCAGACGCCCCCGUAGGCUUUAAAUCGAAGGUGGUCAGUCGGAAACACUGCGAGUUCAUCUAUAGUAAUGGCCAGUGGCACAUCAAGGACGUGGGAAGUUCUUCUGGCACGUUUUUGAACCAUAUGCGAUUGAGUCAGCCGAAUAUGGUGUCUCGCCUAUACUCGAUUAAAGACGGCGACAUCGUGCAGCUGGGAAUUGAUUUCCGUGGCGGCGAAGAGAUGAUUUUCCGUUGUGUUCGGAUUCGAAUCGAGUGCAAUCGCUCCUGGCAGCAGCAGCAGAACGAGUUUAAUAAAAAUACCGAGAGUCUCAUCAAAAACCUGGGCAAAGGAGAUGGAGCUGACUACUCUGGUUGUCGAGAGUGUUCGAUCUGCCUCGGCUCUGUUUUGCGCCCAUAUCAAUGUCUUUUCAUGGCAGCCUGCGCCCACGUCUGGCAUUACAAAUGUAUCAGUCGAUUACUGCACUCUCCGGACUAUCCCAUGUUCCAAUGUCCCAACUGUCGUGCAUUCACCGAUCUCAGCGCGGAAGUCGACGACACCAACGAUGUCGUUGAAAAUGACGAAGCCAACGCGCCAGCCGAAGCUACAUCGGCAAAUGACUCUGCUGACUCUGCAUCUAUAACGCAACCUGCCGUAACUGCACAAGCUACGACAAAUGGUGUGGGGGAGCAGCAACCGACUCCGUUGGAGCCGCACACCGAAGAACCGGACUUUGUCACCGACGUUGAGAAUUUACACUUGCAAGACGAUAAUGAUGAGGCAUCCGGUUCUGCAAUCGAUAUGGAGGAUGGCCGCAGCUCGGACUCCCCAGCUCCGAACGCCAGUAACGACGACCUUACUCGCAGCGCUACCAUCAGUAUUCCCGAAUUCCAACCCUCGCAGCCUCUCAACGUUCCCGCGGCUCGACGACCACAUCUUCGUGCAGACACACCCGGUCGCUCAGAGACAUCCGAUGACAACCCUCUGACCCCACGUAACGACUCGGGCCCUCUAGCCUUUGACGGGCGUGCCGGUGUGCGGUAAUCGGAGCAUCGCACACCCGCAAUAAUCUUAAUUGACGACCUCUCGGACUAUUAUUCAUUGAAUUCACCGUGUGCUAUUUGAGGGCAUUUAUCAUUUCCCUUUGCGUCAUUUCUUGCGUUACCUGGUGGUCCUUUCUGGGAUAAUCCUCUUGAUCUUGAAAUGCUUUGGAAUUUCCAGCUCAUCUUCCCGCCGCAUCUUGUAAUAGCGUUUCGCGAUUAAACCGGACCUGCUCAUGGCACUUCGGCGUUUCCUCUUUUCAUUACCAACAGCCUCCAUUUUCUCUCUUUCUUCCGAGUUGAUGUCAAUCUCUACUGUCAUUCCUCCCCUAUCUGUCUCGUUCUAUCCGCGAUGCAUCCCACCCUCCGUCAUUUUCGAUAUACCCCAUUUUCAGCAAACCCAGGCUUUUCUGUAUGAACUUGGUGAUCUUUGGGGCGACUAGGAUCCUUCUGCUUGGUCGGAAUCUCGUCGUUUCCCCCAUUUUCUAUCAAGAUACCGAAUACCUCGCAAAACUUUUUGUCUUGGGUUUGGCGUUUGAUUCCGCAUUUUCUGUCUCGAUAGCCUGGGUAUCUAUGAAUUUUUUCAUUCUCCAAUUUUUUUGCGUGUCGCCGCC